UUCUAUCAGAUUCCGUCCGCAAUAUUGUAUGCUUGGAUGCCAAUCCAGAUGGAAAGGAGGGCCCUUGGAUGCGAUUCGCUCGUAUGGAAACACUUCGUACGCCUAAGCACGUGCUUGGCCCUGAUAUGAGUGUCCCCAAUCUGACUGUACAGGCCUAUUAUGAAGCUUUGCUCGGUUGCGACGAAUUCCAAAAAAUGAAGUUCCUCCCUCGCGAGAUGUGGGCUGACUACUUAGCCUGGUUCCGCCGUGUAAUCGGAAUUCCAGUCCAAAACAACACGAAGGUGACCAACACGACAUGGGUGGCCGAGGAGAACUGCUUCCAUUGUAGCGUGGAUGGUCAGCCUGAUUUCAAGGCACGUCUGGUUGUCACGGCAACUGGCAUCGAUGGCAACGGACAGUGGACUAUCCCACCGAUCGUCACAGAGAACGGUCUGCCCAAAAAGUUCUACGCACACACCUGCGAGAAUAUUAAUUAUGAAGCUCUCAAGGGUAAGAAGGUCGGUGUUCUAGGGGCAGGCGCUUCAGCGUUCGACAACGCCGCGGUGGCCGUUGAGUCUGGUGCGGCGCAGGUGCACCUGUUCAACCGUCGCCCUGGACUAGUGACAAUCAACGUGCACCGAUGGGCUGAGCAUCCUGGGUUCUUGGGUCACCAUGCUGACCUACCGGACGAGUACCGGUGGAAGUUCGUCAAGGCUUACUUGGAGAAAGGCCAAUUGCCGCCGCUGGAUACCUACAGGCGGAAUACGAAGAACCCCAACUUCCAUCUGCACCACAACUCACCGUGGACGAGCGUGAAGCAGGUGAGCGACGACAAAGUGCAAGUGGUCACCCCCUUAGACACAUACGAGUUCGACUUCCUGGUUAUUGGCACCGGGUUCUCUACUGAUCUAUCACAGAGACCGGAACUUGGUUCACUGCACUCCAACGUACAACUGUGGAGAGACGUCUACACUCCUGAGAAGAUUGGGUUCAACAGUUGCGACGAAAUGAUGCUCCGAAACCCCUAUCUCGGUCCACACUUUGAGUACCUCGAGAGGGAGAAGACUCCGGACCCUUUCCUCAACAAAGUGUUCGAUUUCACAUUCGGAGCUCUAGUGAGUAACGGCCUCAGUGGCAGCAGUAUCUCGGCUAUGAAGUACUCAGUACCCAGACUUGUCCGAGGUAUCACACAGCAGCUGUACAGCAUGGACAAGGAUAAGUAUUUAUCGGAAAUCUGCAACUACAAUGAGGUUGAGUUGAUCGAUGUCACGCAGAAGUGCGACUAAGUACUCUCCGCCCAGGGCUUGGUGGGUGUCAAAUCAUACCGUUGGACGUUCGCCCGUAUGCUUAUUGUGUACACGAUUGGAUGAUCGUCUGUAUGCUUUAUGUGUACACGAUGACCGCCACUGCAAUUCGCUGGUCGACAUGAGCACGACAUGGUUUGUAGUGAAGCGUAUGUCGAUAUGGUUUAUAGUGAAGCGUAUGUCGACAUGGUUUAUAGUGAAGCGCAUGUCGACAUGGUUUAUAGUGAAGCGUAUGUAUCACAGGCGGCGAUCAAGUAUUCAAUACAAGGCGAGGUAUGAGGUUGGGGCGAUAUCUGAAAGAGUGCCGCAAUAUAUACCUAGGAGAUGGAUGCGAGCGCUGUUUCUUGCAAUUGGUUCAUGCGGUCAACCGGGGGACUCGUAUACGUACCACGCCUUACAGCCUAGCAACGACGGUACGCAAUACUUACAAUGAAUAGGGCGACAUCGGGAGUGGCAGAAACGUAUCAAUGGCACUUUCGGAUGUAUUUUAGAAGUGAAGUAGUGGUUGAUUGUUUCAGAAGUGAAAGUAGUGAUUGAUUGUUUUAAAAGUGAAAGUAGUGAUUGAUUGUUUUAGAAGUGAAGUAGUGAUUAAUUAAAGGAAUUAGCGAUCUAGAGACAAAUUUAGACAUCGCGUGGCCGUGUAGUCUGCACAGGUGCGGUGCUCGGAUGUGUAGUUGACAGUUUCAUAUUGCUGCAUUAAAAUAAAAAUGUUUCAACUG